AUGUUGGCAAUUACGAGAGUAAUAAGCCGGCGAGUCCAUGGCACAAGUGAUGUCAUUGUUCCAAAACUCUCAGGAUUCUCUAUUGUAUCUCCCAAAACCGUUGAGGUAGAGUAUGCAGAUGGCACCAAAUUCAAUUUCUCAUCGGAGUUUCUGAGAGUCCAUAGUCCAGCUGCUGAUGGGAAAAUCAGAUCAAUCGGUGGUGAGAAGGUGAUAUCUGGAAGGCGGUAUGUUGGAAUCAUGUCUGCAGAACCGGUUGGAAACUACGGGGUGAGGUUAGUGUUUGAUGACUUGCAUAGAACAGGGAUAUAUCCAUGGGACUACUUCUACGAGCUUGGGAGCAAUAAGUUUGGCCUCAUGAGAAACUAUAUCAGGACUCUUCAGAAGCAUCAUCUCAGCCGUGAACCUCCUCCUCCCAGAAAGAGAUGA